AUGGAUUUACGGAGAGGCGUGUGGAUAGUGGUUGGUGUGUUGUUGCUGAGUCUGAGUUUGAGCUCAGCUGGAGACAUUGUUCACCAUGAUAAUAUUGCUCCGAAGAGGCCUGGUUGUGAAAACAACUUCGUUCUGGUUAAGGUCCCAACUUGGGUCAAUGGUGUAGAAGACAAUGAGUAUGUUGGUGUUGGUGCUCGAUUUGGACCUACCUUGGAAUCAAAGGAAAAACAUGCCACCAAUACGAGAGUGGUUCUUGCAGACCCCCCUGACUGUUGUAGCGCACAGAAGAAGCUUUCACAAGGGGUCAUUUUGGCGCACCGAGGAAAUUGCAGUUUCACAGCGAAGGCAAAUAUUGCUGAAGGUGCUAAUGCUUCAGCCAUCCUCAUUAUAAACAACCGUACAGAACUUUUCAAGAUGGUUUGUGAAGACGAUGAACCUGAUGUUGAGAUAAACAUACCAGCUGUUAUGCUUCCUCAAGAUGUUGGUGCAAUCUUAGAAAAUGAUUUAAUGAACAAAUCCAAUGUUUCUGUGCAGCUGUACUCUCCAUUGCGUCCAGUGGUCGAUAUUGCAGAAGUGUUUUUGUGGCUUAUGGCUGUUGGUACCAUUAUAUUUGCUUCUUAUUGGUCUGCAUGGAGUGCCAGAGAAGCAGCUAUUGAGCAUGACAAGCUAUUAAAGGAUGCCUCUGAUGAUUCUUUGCAUAUGGAAGUUGAUCGUUCCAAUGCUUUAGUGGAGAUUAGCACCACAGCAGCAAUCCUGUUUGUUGUGAUUGCUUCAUGCUUCUUGGUUAUGUUUUACAAACUUAUGUCAUUCUGGUUUGUGGAGAUUCUGGUGGUUUUGUUUUGCAUUGGUGGGAUAGAGGUUAAUGCUGAACCUUCUCUUUAUGUCCACAGGGCCUGCAGACUUGUUUGGUGA